GUGGAAGCGAUGCAGGGGAGCUGAGGCCGCCAGGGAAAACACCGCAUGUCAGGGAAUACAGCCAGACUGAGAUAAUGGCGGAACGCAGUUGGGUGAACCCGGUAUCGGAAAAACUGAAUUUAAUCUUUAUGGACGUUGCCGUUUGUGCUUGGAGUCAGUCGGCUCAUAUAUCAUCGGCUACCUUAUCCCCAGUCACAGGACGUCGGUAGCGCCGUUCCCGGUGUCGUCCAGGCGGCUCGCUAGCCCCUAGUUUUUCCUUAAAUCUCAGCUUCACAAUCACGGAUCUCAUUGUUAUUUUUGUCCUUUUAAAAAAAAUUAAAUAAUAAUAAUAUAUAUACAGCUGUGUGAAAACAAGCCUGUUACAAACGAAGCGGACGUGAGGAAUAUGCCCCUGGUUUGCUGGUAUUAAAGUAAGUCAGGUAUGACCUGCUAGUCCUCCGCUAGGAUCAAGCUAGCAUCAUCUAGAGUUGGAUGGAGCCUCAGCGGCGGCUCUCACAGCAUCAUCCCAGCCCGGGACGCGCUGCUACCGCAGCAGCGGAAUGCUAACGACGAAAGAAGAAGCGGGGACAUGUUGUUUUUACGCCGCUACCGGCGGUUUUAUGAUUGAGGUGCUCCACUUGUACACUCUUACAUGUCUAAUGUAAUGAAUACGCCCAGGUUGCAGCAUGUAUGUGGCUGGUCGUGUCUGCCUCCACCCCUGCGGAUGACACACGUACAUAUACCGGCGGCUCAGAGCAAACGCAGCCGGAGCGGUCACACCGUCGCCGGGUAGCGCCGAGAGACUCCUCGCUACUAGCGCCGAACCAGGCGGCUAACAGCACAGUAGGAUAGACCCCGAAGAAACGGCAACACCAAUGGUGUCCCAUAAGGUUUUAGUCGCAAUAAUCCUACUUAACGUGUACAUCGGUGUACAGUCCGCGUUUUACCUAUUCGGCGGCGUUAUUUUAACUGUCCUGUUUGCUAUGGCAUAUUUAAAUGGACCCAGGCUGCUGGACUGGGCGAGUUCACCUCCACAUCUUCAGUUCAACAAAUACGUCCUGACGGGAUACCGGCCCAUCUCCUCCGUGCAGGACUGCAUCAGAAGCCUGUUUUACCUGCACAACGAGCUGGGAAACAUUUACACCCAUGGCAUUCCGUUGCUCUGCUUCCUGGUGCUGCUGCCGCUCAACAUCCCCUGGUCUCAGAUCAGUGUCACGUGGCUGGGCGUGGUGCACUUCCUGGCGUGCCUGUCGCCGCAGCUGGGCUCCGUGCUCUACCACCUCUUCAUGAACCACGAGGGGGGCGAGCCCGUCUACCACACCCUGCUCAAGCUGGACGUGUGUGGAAUCUGCAUGAUCAACACGCUGGGGGCUCUGCCCAUUGUCUACAGUACUCUACUGUGCUAUCCAUUCAUCCGCACCGUUGCUCUAGUCGUCUACAUCCUGCUGUCCUCCCACGCCAUCUACUGCGCCGUGACGGCGCGGAGCAGCGUUCGCCGGCUGCGCUCCUUCGCCUGGCAGGCGCUUUUCCGCUUCUCCUUCUUCCUGCUCCGCUGGGUGGGCGUGGGUGGCGGCAGCCCCACCUCGCUACGCAACUUCAUCACAAUGGAUGUACUGGCUGUGCUGGGCGGGGUCAUCAACAUCAUGCGCAUCCCAGAACGCUUCCGCCCGGGUCUCUUUGACUACUGGUGCAACAGCCACCAGAUCAUGCAUGUUCUAGUGGUGGGCUCCAUCCUUUACUUACACUGGGGUGUGCUGGAUGACCUGCUGUGGAUCAACAGCUACAAUUGUCCCUCUAACUGACCCCGCCUGCAGCCCCCACCCCUAACACAAGGAGCACCGGGAUGUAACAUUGGAGGACUUCAUGGGGGAGGGGGUUGUUUUCUGGAGAGGGAUGGGGAAGCGGGGGAAAUCAGGGGAGGAGUGAUGCGGUGAGGUGAGGUGAGGAGACAUGACGCCAUGUGUGCAUGUGUUCUCGUACACUCAAACUCAGAAUGUUCAUAUCGCCGUCCAUUUCUGUGUUGUCUGGGAAACGCAGGCAAAUGUAUGUCAAGUAACACGCACAAGCAUUUAGACUCGCUUAACACACACACACAAACACACUAAAAUGUAACUAUUUUAAGACGUUUUAUGUACUUAGGAUUAGGAUUAAACCCUAUAAAGUAUUUGGCAAAUGCUCAAGUAAAACAAGUUACUGCUGAGUUUGACGUAAAAUGAUUUCUACUUGAGCAUUCGCUGAUGUCAUAGAUUAUGACAGUUUGCAGUGGAAUGAUAUCAUGUCCCCUCAGAUGUCACUGUUGCUCCCUAUGCAACACAUUCACACACAACACACACUACACACACUCCCUCACCCCUGUAUUUUUAUACAACAUGGACAAAGUGCAAGUGCUCUCCUCUCUCUCUCUGUUUGUGUCUCCUUGUUUUUUUUUGCCCGUGAGUGUGCAAAGGAGAUGCAGACGGGUGGCGGGGUUCAUUCCUCCUGAGUGAGGCAGCACGUGUGGCUGCGAGCGUCCUUGCUCUGAGUGUCUUGUGCCACACUUAGAAAUCAGUCGAGCAGUUUUAUCAGCUCUGUUUGCAGCCUGAACUCUGUGCCACUGGCGUUUAUGCGUUUAUCAUCAGGAAAGAAGUUACACAUGUUUACAAGCGGCGUUGUUGCUGGGCGUUACUGUUGGCCAAGCUUCCCUUUAUGUCCUUAUUUGUGUAUAUUUAUGACAACCCCGACAAGCUGUAAGGAAGAUUUUAUCUUAUUUGUUUUAUUCUCCCUCGAAUGUACGUUUUUAAAAUUACAAUAUGCAACAAGAUAGCAGUUAUUUUUAACACUGGAAUGGUCAUUUGUGUACAUGAAAUAGUAAUGUACACGGUGCAGAAGCAUGCACUGAAAGCUGUACAACAACUUUGAUGUUACUGAGUUGUUUUCACACUGUAACUCUAGUUAGACACUUACUAUUGGAAUAUUACGCACAUAAUUCUGUAUUUAAGAAACACACUAUGCUUUGUGUUGAGAACGUUGAGGCGGUGCGUGUCCGUCGGCUCCUUGAAAAGUGUUGUUUCUGUGCAGCAUCACUGGCUGACGGAUGAAGGUAGAGGUCAGAAAUUAACGUUUGUGCAAAGCUUUAGCGUUAGUGUCUGCUUUUUAAGUAAGAAAAUUAGUGUUAUAAUAAUAUUGUCUUGCCUCCAUGUAUAUUUGCCAUUUGCUACAGAGGAAGUUACUGUUCAUUUUUACCAAAGACGGCUUUAAUGAACACUGUCUACUUUAUUUGGAUGACAUCAGAAAUAUUGAUGGUUUACAUUAUUUAUUAUUGUUAUUAUUGCCACUUAAUACUUUAUUGUUUUUGAAUAUGCACUGAUUUUGCUCUGCAGCUGGAUUUAUGUUAAUGCACUAUUUAUCAGGCAACCAGAGGUUAAAGACACUUAUGUCCUUUUUAGAGUGGUGGUGUAGUUUAUGAAGCUGACCUAACUGAGCAGGAUUGAACCCCUUCACCCUGUUGUCGUGUGUAAGUAACUGCACUAAUUUCUCUUUUUUGAAUGGUUACGAUCAUUUUUGGCUCCUCCGCCAUUUUUGUCUCAGUUGCUCCUCUCGAGUAAAAGGAAAUGCCGCGCUCUUCCUUUAUGCACAAAUGUCAAAGCCUGGUUUUUAUUUUCUGGAGGCAGUGCUUGUGAAAGAUGUGGGCCUUGUUUUUCAUGCCAACAGUCACAGCCGCCCGCUGACUCGUUGCCAAUCCCGUCACCUGCACUUGAUCUUGCCAAAUGAGCAGUAUGUGAGGCGUGUUCACACAGUGACUCAUAAAGGAGAAGAGGGAUUUCCCAGUUCGUCAUCACGUACAUUAUCCUCAUUAGUUUCCACUGUCACUGCCCCACCCCUGGCCUUGAACCUGUAACGUCUCCUCCUUAAUAUUUACCGACUACGACCGUGGUACAAUGUAAAAGUUAAUGUUUUAUUGGCCACUGAAUGAAACUGACACAUUGCAUGAAAGUAGCUGCUAGUGUUACCUGAUUCGCUGUAGCCAAACACAGGCCCCUUCCCCCGCCACUGGAAAAAAUGACAGUGUGUACAUAGAGACUGAAUAAUGAAAAUGAUUGUUGUCUUCUGAUUUGAAUGGUGAAGCCCAGGACGUAAGGACAGAAGUAGCAGUUGGCCACCAGGGGGCAACUCCAAUGUUUGCCAAAAGAACUCAGUGUGAAAAUGACCCUCUCUUUAUUUUAGAACAUCAGGAAACAUUUUUCUGAGGAUUCAACAGCCUCAAAGUCUAGUUUUAAGGUUUUCUUCAAUAGCACAUGAUGUCAAUUUUGUAAAUUAUUAUCGGUCACCAGUAAAGGAAGAUGAUUGCAGUUGGCGGCAAUGUGUCGCUGUCAAAUAAACUGCACUGUUCAUGUUCAUUGUUCUCGAAAAAAGGGCUUUGAAUCAAAGUAAACGACAAUUUUGAACCGUAUUUAAAGUCCAUAUAAAUAAUGUAAAUACAUUUAUGUAGAUCCUAUAUACACACAGUGCAGAAGAUAAUAACGUUAGUCCUUUUUGAUACGUACUUAGUAUGAUGAGGAAAGACAAAUAAGAAGACGGGGGAUUAGUCGCUGUGCCGUUAGAGAAGAAGCUGCUGCUCUCUUUCACGGCCAAAGUGAGACAUGAGAGAGGGAAGCAGAUGCAGCGCAGUACUGAUUAAUAGCAGAUUAAUAUCAAAGAUGCCUGUUUUCUUAGUUAUUUCCAUAAGUGUGUAAAAUUGGUUUGAGUGCUGAUGUAGGCUCUUGACAUUAUGUGAACACCCCCACCC